AUGUCUUCCUCACCAGAAGAAAAUCAAACUUCAGCAUUCCGACCAUUUACAAAAGCUGAGCGCAUCCAGCAACUCAAUGAAAUAGACAAGAGUAUCUUACAACUUGUUCAAACUGCUGGGCAAACCCUUAAAAUUCUUACUGCAGCACAAGAACCUGGAGAAUCACAAUCACCACAAGAAAAACGCCAAGCUUUCCAAGAUGCCUCGAACUCUUAUCUAAAAACAUUACAAUCCGUCGAUGUACGAUUACGAAGACAAAUAUUGGGAUUGGAAGAAGCAGACAUUAUACCGGCAGAAAAAGUGAAGUCGAAGAAUAAGGGUAAAUCAAUGCCUGAAGUUGUGGAAAGACGAUCAGCAGUUCCAGGAAAUAUGGCAGGAAGUAUGCCAGCAGAUGAUAUUGUUGUGGAAAGAGGAAUGGGAAACCUCGAUAUUGGUUUCUUGAAUAGUCGAAGUGGAAGAGUUGGUAGAGAUAUGGAGGCAGAGUUGUGGGCAAAGAGUAGAAAGUUUCUCGAGGAUUUAGAUAAGGGCAAUUAUAAUUCACGUCCAUUGACACAAUCGAGGGAUGAGGUUGAGAAGUAA